UCAUAGCACCGUCGGGAGCUUGCAUCAUGCCGGCGGGGGGAGGAGGAAUAAAAGAGGAGCAAGAAAUUUUAUUAUCACCCGGCGCCAUGGGGACCAUGGGCGGCGGGGGAGGUGGCGGAGGGCAGGGAGGCGGUGGGGGUGGCGGCGGAGCCGCCACUGGUGCCGGCCUGACAACAUCUUCCGUCGGAGACAUUGAUACUGUCGACGAAACAACAUUCUCGGAGGUCGGUGACGUGGCCGCUGAUAACCCCGCGGUUCCAUUAGAUAGACUAGCAACUGUCGAGCCUUUGAUACUCAUCGAGGCCAAGAUUGGUAAAUUCGUACUGCAGGUGGACUCGAAAAUUCAUAUCUUCAACCGAGUGGACGACAAUAUUUACAAACUGCAUACACGCUACCAUAAACUCAAUGUGAAAAUUGUCGUACUGGGUGAAGUACGCCAUCAGAGUUUCGAAGCGCUUUUUCUCCAAGCAAACUUCCUUGAAGUUAUCAAACGCCGAGAGAAUAAUCUCGUGGCCGCCUUUAACCAGACAAAUAGCCGCUAGUAAUUCUAGUACAAGGGCCUUUGUUCUCAAACUUUUGUGGAUUAAGCUAAGUGCUAUACAAUU